AUGAGUGGUGAUGCUGAAGGUCAUCAAGUAUUUGGAAAUUUAACUAUUGCACAUCGAGGUGGCCAACCCUUACUACCAGAUGACAAUAAUGAUUUUCCUGAGAAGUGGCUUGCUGCGUUCAAAUGGGCUUCGAUGAGCUCAUUAAUAGAUGGUAUUGAGCUUAAUACUCAGUUAUCAAGCGACCAUAUACCAAUGAUUAUUCAUGAUACAUGGUUACAUCAAACGUUCGAUAAUUGUCAUGGAAAAGUAUCAGAUUAUACAUGUGCUGAACUAAAAGAAUUCUUAUUUAAACGCAAAAGAGUCAGAACUGAUGUGAAAACAAAUGACUUGUAUAAAACUGAACAUAUUCUUACUCUAGAAAAAGUAAUUCAAUUUCUUCAAAGAACAAAAUUAAAGAUCGUAAUUGAAAUAAAAGAAGUAAAACAUUUCAAAUUAAUGGUAUCAGUUAUUGAUAAAUUCUAUCGUCAAUACCCAUUUUUAUAUGAACGCAGUUGUUGUUCAUCAUUUUUACCCAUAAAUCUCUAUUAUUUGAUAUUAUUAAAUCCAAAAAUAAUAACCGGUCUUGUAUAUCUUGAACACACAACUGACGGUUUAAUACAAGUCACAGAUGAUCUUGGAAAACCGUUGCCAAUGUUUGUGAAAUACAAUAUGUUUUUUAAACUACUAUUAGAUAAUAUUUAUCAAUUAUUCGCAACACCAUUAGGACUAAGCUUUAUCGGUGCUAAUAUUAUUUUAAUACAGAAAGACGGCGUAUCUGGAAAUGUUUUCAAAAAAUAUCGAUCGAAUAAUAUUGUCAUAGCAGUGUGGUGUGCCAAUACAACAGAAGAAAAAAUUUGGUUCAAAUCUCAAGGUGCAACAAUUAUUACAGAUACACCAUUAGAUUGA